AUGGGGCUCCUCCAGCUGAUUAUCCGCAACGAUGCGAUGAAAACGGAUCCGCAUGAGAUCUAUGGAUGGAGAGUAUAUGCUGUUGCUUGUUCGGCCAGCUUCGGUGCCCUCCUGUUCGGUAUGGACUCAGGCACCAUCGGCGGCGUUCUCACAAUGCCCUCGUUCAAAAUAAAGUACGGCAUCGAGGAUCUUGACAAGGGGGCCAGAGCCAAUCUGAGCUCCAAUAUUGUUUCCACACUACAAGCUGGUUGUUUCGCGGGAUCCCUCAUUGGAUCAUAUGUAGCCGAUAGAAUUGGCCGAAAGCCCGGACAGCUCCUGUGUGCAAUUAUUGCAUUGAUUGGAUGUAUACUCCAGGCUGCUUCUGCCGGGCACCUCGUUGCCCUCUACUUCGGCCGGUUUAUUGCUGGCUUGGGGACCGGGGGAGCUUCGAUGAUGGCGCCGGUUUAUAUCUCCGAAAACUCACCACGUGCCAUUCGAGGUGCUGUGACGGGGCUCUACCAACUCUUUAUUGUUGUUGGCAUCAUGUUAAGUUAUUGGAUCAACUACGGCUGCCUCGUUCAUCUCAAAGGCGACGCCCAAUGGGGCGUGGCUCUCGGAAUGCAAUCUAUCCCCCCAUUCCUUCUCUUCUUCACCAUGAUCUUCUGCAACGAGUCACCCCGGUGGCUGGCAAAGCAAGACCAAUGGGAAAAGGCCAAGGACACCCUCCAAACACUCCGACAGCUCCCAAUGGAUCACCCGUAUCUCCAAGAAGAAUUCAACGACAUGGCCUCACAACUCGAGCAUGAGCGCCUGCUAGUCGGCGGCGAAACGUUCUGGAGCCUCCAAAGGGAAAUGUGGACCAUCCCUGGAAACCGAAAGCGUGUCCUCAUCAGUAUCGGCCUCAUGAUUUGCCAGCAGAUGACGGGAACCAACGCAAUUAAUUACUAUGCCCCGCAAAUAUUCGAGAAUGUCGGUAUCACCGGUAAUAAGAAUGGGCUGCUCGCCACUGGUGUCUACGGUAUCAUCAAGGUCCUCGGCGUCGUCUUUUUCCUCCUCUUCAUGGCAGAUUCGCUUGGUCGCCGAAAAUCCCUGCUGUAUACAUCGGUGAUCAUGGUCGUCUGGAUGUUUUACAUCGGCUUCUACGUCCGCUUUGACCCCCCUGAGGCAGGGAAAGCUAUCCCCCCUGCUGGCUAUGCCGCUCUCACUUUCAUCUUUUUCUUUGCUGUGUCCUUUGAGGUUGGAUGGGGACCCGUUUGCUGGAUCUACGUUUCUGAGAUCCCGUCCGCGAGGUUGCGAUCCAUGAAUGUGGCUAUCGCUGCGGCGACACAGUGGCUCUUCAAUUUUGUGGUUGCCAAAAGCGUACCGACUAUGUUGGUGACAGUUGGGGCGAACGGUUAUGGGACUUACUUCAUAUUUGGCUCCUUUUGCGCCGCCAUGUUCGUCUUCACGUGGUUCUUCGUCCCUGAAACCAAAGGCAUCUCGCUGGAACGAAUGGACGACCUCUUCGGUGUGACACGACUUGUAGAGGAGAAGAUGGAGAGGGAAGAAAUACCGCCUCAAAAUGACUCGACCCAUAAAGAUCCCUCUGCCACGAAUGGUGAGAAGGUCGAAACUAUCUAA